AUGAAUAAAUCUGUCGGUCUGCCGAUCUGUCUAUCUAUCUAUCUGCCUAUCUAUCUAUCUAUCUAUCUAUCUAUCUAUCUAUCUAUCUAUCUAUCAUUCUCUUCAGAUCUGCCUAUCUAUCUAUCUAUCUAUCUAUCUAUCUAUCUAUCUAUCACUUUAUCCAUAUUUAACUCAGCCCAUUCAUAUCUAUCUAUUGAUCUAUCUACCUCAUUCUAUUCAGAUCUAUCUAUCUAUCUAUCUAUCUAUCUAUCUAUCUAUCUAUCUAUCUAUCUAUCAUUCUCUUCAGAUCUGCCUAUCUAUCUAUUUAUCUAUCUAUCUAUCUAUCUAUCACUUUAUCCAUAUUUAACUCAGCCCAUUCAUAUCUAUCUAUUGAUCUAUCUACCUCAUUCUAUUCAGAUCUAUCUAUCUAUCUAUCUAUCUAUCUAUCUAUCUAUCUAUCUAUCAUUCUCUUCAGAUCUGCCUAUAUCUAUUUAUCUAUCUAUCUAUCUAUCUAUCACUUUAUCCAUAUUUAACUCAGCCCAUUCAUAUCUAUCUAUUGAUCUAUCUACCUCAUUCUAUUCAGAUCUAUCUAUCUAUCUAUCUAUCUAUCUAUCUAUCUAUCUAUCUAUCUAUCUAUCUAUCUAUCAUUCUCUUCAGAUCUGCCUAUCUAUCUAUUUAUCUAUCUAUCUAUCUAUCUAUCUAUCUAUCACUUUAUCCAUAUUUAACUCAGCCCAUUCAUAUCUAUCUAUUGAUCUAUCUACCUCAUUCUAUUCAGAUCUAUCUAUCUAUCUAUCUAUCUAUCUAUCUAUCUAUCUAUCUAUCUAUCUAUCUAUCAUUCUCUUCAGAUCUGCCUAUCUAUCUAUUUAUCUAUCUAUCUAUCUAUCUAUCACUUUAUCCAUAUUUAACUCAGCCCAUUCAUAUCUAUCUAUUGAUCUAUCUACCUCAUUCUAUUCAGAUCUAUCUAUCUAUCUAUCUAUCUAG